AUCAACAGUCAAUUAGAGAACCCAAUAACACGGUCCUUCAAUAGAUGAAUCGGGGAAUGGGGGAAUGGCAGUACCUCUGACUUGACCCCAGAGGCAACCGCACGAGCCACGGCCCGAAGUCGCAGGGACGUGGCUGCGAAUAGCUUCACACACUUCCCCUCCGUUCGCCCAGAGCGGGACCGGCGGAUCAUGCACCUCGCAACCAACCCCAGCCCAAUAUGAUGCACCUUAUGGAGCACACCAUUGAUAAACAAGUCACAAUGGAAGCCGCAAGCCGAACACUGCGACCACGGCUGCCGGGAAUCAUCUCUCCACAUUCUCCCCAUCCCCCGUCACCAAUCAUUCGUCCUUCAUACUGCGCCGUCGGCUGCGUGCAACUGUCUAUAUCCGCCGCCGGAUCCCGCUGCGUUACAUACAAGGUCCUUUGCACCUCCUCCGGUAAUAAGAAACCGCCUCCACACCUUCGCUCGAAGGGAGCUUCAUGAUCCAAGCUCCUGACGCAGACGACUCCCACUGCGUCCGGCAUAGUCGUUAGUCGUCCACAAGCCUGGCGCCUACUGGCGGGACCCCGCGAUUCUCAAACGCUCCCCCCAUCUAUUAUUCCCCGCAUUCGAAUAAGAAUAGCCACCCUUUUCACGCAAACGGUUGAUCCUAUCUUGCUCUCUCUGGCUUUGUGGGGAAGCUUCUGCAGCUCGAGGCCGCCCUCGGUCGACUCUCUCCGCCUGCUCCUCGAACCCCCAACACUGUGCGACGCACCAUGUUCUGGGAUCCCAUUGUCUGCUGACGCCCGGGUUCUUCCCGGGCUCCGGAGGUGCGGCUCCUCCAUGGACGAGCGGAGAUCUGCGUGCUGACGCUGCCGGCAUGCUCUGUGUGUUUCGCGCCAUUCAGUUAUGUGGUUCGGGCAGCCCAACCUCAGCAAUGACCCCGGAAGACCGGAAGGUUCUUCGACAGGCAAUACGCAGACGACGAGACGAGCAAAUCUGGCGAGAAGGCAAUUCUACCCCUCCGAAAUGGGCUUAAAAUUAUGCAGAGAAGCCGUGUGCUCGCCUCAGAUUCGAACGCUGAGAACCCAAACACUACUUCAAUGUGUAGGAGUAGGGCAGCCGGAAUGCCGAGCCAGAGAACAAUGCCAUGCGUGCUUCUUCAAUAAUAACGACACAGCUGUCAGCCAUCCAUCGAGCGACCGGACGAGGAGGAGGUGAUGCAAUGCGGAGCGGCCUCGCGUAGUUAACCCCGCUUGUUCGAGUCGUCCCAUCACCCGUUAAUGACCAUUUCCCAUCCUGAGAUGCUCAGCUUGCUCUUCCUGGGGUUGAUUGAACUCAGUAUAACCUGGAGAAGCGGGGUUAUCUAGCUAAGCUGCGCCAGUUGGACUGGUCUACGGACGAGCAACACAUUUUCUCGACGUCGUUCAUCGCCAACCGAAUGCCAGAAGUGGCUGCGGGGAUGCUAGAACUGUGAACAAGUCUGCGGCAUUGUCACAGGCAUGUCGUCGCCAUGGAUCCAUCUUCUUUGCCAAUUGUACCCGAAAGAAGUCUUGUUUCUUUUUUGCCCCACUGACAAAUCACCUCGUCUCAUCAAUCACACCGGUCGGCAACUUACUCAAAAGACGAACGCUGAUGGGACUGGCAACUUGGGACUGACGGCCGGUUUCAAAAGGGAAACGAAGUCUUAUCGUUCUUCCGAGGGCUGUGGCAGCGCGACAUCGUUUCCCUGGUCGUCCGUGCCACCAUAUGUACGAUGUAGCAGCAGUAGUAGUAAGAGAUACGGGCCAGGGAUUUGACAGGUUCGAUAUGAUUGACAAGUCAAAAGGGGGCGUUGCAGAUUAGAAUCUGGGCUUGAAAUGGAAUAAGCCACGCUGUGACCCAUCCGAGUUUGACGCAACACCGCCUGAGCUGGAAUGCGCUUUUUGCCUCACAAAUUUUUAUCGGACCAUCGCUGUCGGGAGGGCUGGAUAUCCGCGGAAUCCGUGACGGAAUCCGUGACGGUAAUCGUGACGGGGACCGUAGCUGUUCGACACACAACGUCGUGAAUGCGUUCUUCAGCACCAAGCAACUUGGCAUGUGGAGAUAAUAUCGCCGACUGGCUCUCGAAGCUGAACCUGGUCGUGAUCUCCCGCCAUGUGGAGUCCGUCCAGGGAGCUAUGGGGAGGACAGAAACAUGGGAAAGGAACGUUUGUCGCGUCAUAGAUACAUAAAUCAUGAUUCACGCAUUCAUUUCCAUCCAAUAACCUGAGUCGGAUCGAUAGCUCAGUGGUAGAGCGAGAGAUUGCAGCUUCCGCAGCAACCUAUCUCUAGGCCCCGCGUUCGAAUCGCGGUCGGUCCUCUCAUUUUUGCAUUUUGCCCAAAUACAAUCUACUAACUCACUUACUACAUAUCAAUUGAUCGAUGUUCCAUCAUCGUCUUCUCUGUGUACAUCAACCUCCGUUCCGGCCAGUUUGUUUUUACCGGCGGUCCGCCCUUAGGAUCGCUUGAAAAAAGGGGAACCAGACGCGCCCCGAUCAGCGAUUCGGCCUUUCGCAUCAGAAGCCGUUUGGACGCAACGGAGAGUGUCAUGCGGGAGGCUUGGCGGACCCCCCCGCCUUUCCAGCUCACCUCAGCUCACCCAUCUUUGCGUUGCAAGUGUCGUUUUAUCGGAAGGGACGGGCAGCUUACUUGGGGCGGCCAGCACUGACUUGGUGGCCUCAUUCCCCCUCUAGACAGCCGCACUUGCAUGCAAUACCCUUGUGGGUCCGUUUCGAACGCUCGAUCGCGAUGCAGAGCCAAAGUCAACUGACUAAUAGCCUCCGCAUCUCGGGAUGAUGGCCACCAUGUCCAAACGUAGGUGGCCAGAGGAGGCAUCAACCCAAAUGGAGGAGGGUCGACACUAGCCGCGGCCUGAGCAGAAGCAACCUUUACAUGUGCCGCUCGGUGAUUGAUCGAAACAGCUCAGUUAAGACGAUGUCUGCUCCUGCCUCUCUCUCGCCUGCGCCUAGCCUACAAGGGCAGAUGCGUCAGCGAGCUGUCAACUGCAACAUUCACUCUGCUCUGAGCUCCCAUUCGGAUUCCUUUUAUACAUUUAGAUCCCCCCACCUUACCUACGUGUUUCCCGGAGACACCUGUCAUACCUAAGUAUUGUUGUAAUUAGUGUAGUUGACAGGGAACUCAACUCGACUUUCACUUCACUUCAUCCAAGAUGGGCCUUCUUGAGAACCUGACGGCCGUCAGCCCGCUUUACUUCGCGGGCACGUUAUUCGGGGCUCUCGUCCUACUUCUGGUCUUCUACAGGGCCAGGGCCGAGUACCAUAUCAGCAGAUCGGGCGGCGUGAGAGCGCCAGUCAUCGCGUCCAACCCGAUAUCAGCGAUCCCGGUGUUCCUCGAGCUCGGCCGCUACCAGCUCAAGCACCAACUUCUCGAGGGCUUCAACACUCUCUUCAGCGUCGCCACACCCGAGUGCCCGAACACGGCCGAAAUCAGCUUCACAAACAAGGUCCGGUUCCUCAUCACCAGGGAGCCGGAGCACAUCAAGACGAUUCUCACCUCCAAGUUUGCGGACUUUGGAAAGGGCUUCAUGUUCCACCAGGUCUGGUCCCCGUUCCUAGGUGACAGCAUCUUCACCACCGACGGCAAGACGUGGCAGGACAACCGGAGCUUGAUCCGGCCUAUGUUCAUCAAGGACCGGGUUAGCGACCUUGCCAUCUUUGACAAGUGGACCAACAUCAUGAUCGAGAAGUUCCCGGCGUCCGGCGUGACAUUUGACAUCUCGGACCUGUUCUACCGGAUGACGCUCGACGUGACGACCGAUUUCCUGCUUGGGCACAGUGUCAACAGUCUCGGAAACCCGAAGCACCACUUUGCGCAUGCCUUCAACGAGGUUCAGAGCUAUCAGAUGUUCUACACCAUCAUGGCGCCGUUUGAAACCAUUCUGCCCCAUGGCAAGUACAAGCGCGGCAUCAAGGUGAUUGAGGAGUUCAUUCACCCUUUCAUCCAAGAGGCACUCGCCCUGCCGCCCUCGGAGCUCGAGAAACUCUCCAAGUCGGACAAGGACUUCACCUUCCUUCACAACAUCGCCCGUUUUACGCGCGACCCAAAGAUGAUUCGCGACCAGCUCGUCGCCAUCCUCCUUGCCGGGCGCGACACGACGGCGGCGACGCUCUCGUGGACCCUGUAUGAGCUGUCGCACUACCCGGCCACCUACGCCAAGCUCCGCAACGAGAUUCUGACGACAGUGGGGCCGAGGCGGGCGCCUACGUACGAGGACCUGAAGAGCAUGAAGUACCUGACCAACUGCCUUCAGGAGACGCUACGGCUGUACCCAGCGGUGCCGUUCAACGUGCGCUCGGCGCUGACGACGACGACGCUGCCUGGGAAGAAUGGUGCGCCAGACAUCGCUGUGAUCGAGGGCGACUCGGUGGUGUACAGCACGCUCGCAAUGCAAAGGCGACGGGACCUGUACCCUGAGGUUUCCGAGACGUUUGCGGACCCGGCUAUCUACAGUCCCGAGAGGUGGGAGAACUGGCAGCCGAAGCCGUGGCAGUACGUGCCGUUCAACGGCGGCCCUAGAAUCUGCGUCGGGCAGAACUUUGCCAACACAGAGAUGGCUUAUACGAUGGUCCGAAUCUUGCAAAGGUUCGAGAAGAUCGAGUACCGUGGCGACUGGGACGCGCAAUUCCUGAAGGCGGAGAUCGUCGGCGCGCCAGGACAUGGUGUGCCGAUUGCGUUGUUCGAAGCCAUCGACGGCGAGAUGGCGUAGAAUCUGUUAUGAAGGAGGGGGGGCUGUUGCUAAAGGGGACGAGCGAAGAUUGUAUUCAUCCACAGAAUACCCGGAGAAAGGGAAAAAAGAAAAAACGACCACGAGCCGGCGGCUGGCUGCUGGGAUACGAAAUUUACGAGGGCGGGGUGUUAUUUAAGGUUGGGUUGGUAAUGUGACGAUGAUCAUCUCGGAGGGUGUAAUUACAUCCAUCGAUAGUUUGGUCGAUUAGCGAGGCCUUUGUCCGUAGCGUAGGUUCGAGGUCAAUGGAACUGGCGUU